AUGUCGAUGCAGUCACACCCCAUCAACCCAGAGGCACCGUCUCUCUUGACAACAAUACCAGGCGAAGUCCGCAAUGCUAUCUUCGAGGCUCUAUUCGAGUCAGGCGACCCCAUUCAGAUCUCCCGCGAUCGGUACGCGUACGGCUCCUCAUGUUACCAGUCGCGAGAUGUGCGUGGGAUCACGCUACUUCGAACAUGCCGUCAGAUCCACAAGGAAGCAACAGGUAUUCUCUACAGUCGCAACAUCUUCUGUGUGAGUCCGGCGGGCGACCCCUACACUGCUGAACCAAUUCCAUGGGCAAUGGCCUGGCUCAACGAGAUUGGUAGACAGUCUUCCUCUGUUCGACAUCUUCAAAUCUACAUCGACAACGUAUUUCACGGUGCGGAUGAUGUCAUCAAUAUAUCACCUAUACUACAUCAAGCAUGGAAGCCUGAUCGUGCGGCUUUAAAGGUUGAGCUUCUCCCUAGAUGGUCUCCGGAAUGGGACCGCCCCCCAGGCGACGACCUCAACAGAACAGCCGAGCUGAGCGCGGUCUCAUACGAGGGCAUUAUCUUUGACCUCACAAACCGGACAACAAACGUGGAUGUGGCCUACAUCGCAUCGGUCACUACUUACUUGACUGGCACACACGAGAUCGGUUUCCGGGAAAGAGCAUUCAGUGUCACAUUGACAAGUAUUAGUACCCUGGCAGCUUUUACCGCGGAACUAAAGAUACUCCGCGGACUGCCUCUCGGAAGUCCUACGAAUAUAACCAUUCGCUACUAUCUGGAAAUUGACGCCUCCUUGGACGAUGUACAGUUCGAUGCUCUCGCUCUACUGCAUGCGACGGGCUCUCACUACCUAUUAAAUUUUGUGCGCAUCGAGGUCUACAACGAAUCUGGCACUGCCCCAAUCAAGAGCUACACUAUCUCUCUUGAGGAUAUACGACGGAGCGUUCUUCUCUUCAUGUACCAGAUUUUUAAGAAAGCUCCAGAGCAUAUGCUAGCGCAACUACCAAGGAUCUGGAUGAGUGGCAGGGGCGAGGCGCGGGAAGCCGAGUGGGACUUGAGCAAGUCGAGCGACAUGAGGGCGACACCCAGUACCACAACCGGCGGCGCGACUGCCGCUACCCCCAGUGACGCGGAGUCAAGCGACAUGGCUGUCACCAAGAUCGCGAACACGCAAAAAGACACGGAAGCGGCGACUGCAACGGACAACGUUCCGCCGCCAGUAUCGCACCCAAUCGACCCGAAUGCGCCUUCAUUGUUGAAUCUGCCCGGAGAAGUUCGCAACGCCAUCUACGAGGCACUCUUCAUUCACGAAUAUCCUAUUCAGAUCCAUGCGAAGAACAUCAAUCGACUCGGCUACCACUCCGGCUACCGCUCCGACAGUGUUAUCUUCGGAACUGCGCUCCUCCAGUCAUGUUGUCAAAUCCAGUAUGAGGCCACUGGUGUCUUGUACGCGCGAAACGUGUUCCGUUUAAGGCUCCCCGAAGAUGCGGACGAGCGUAGUGGCAUUAUUUGGGCUAUGGGCUGGCUUCGCAUGAUCGGCAAACAGUCGUCUGCUCUUCGCGUCAUCCAGCUUGAUGUCAACAACUUGCUUGACGCCGACGAAACCUUAGAAGUCCUACCAAUACUGGAGUAUACCUGGAAGCUGGAACACAAAGAAAUGAACGUUCUAUUUGUGGCACCACCCGAGGUGCACAGUAGUAUAUCAUACUUCCAAAGCAAUCGGGAAUGGUCCGCCAGCCACAUGGCUGAGAUUAACAAAAGCUUGAGUACGCUCACCGCUGAUCCCUCCAACCUUCUUAAGAAGUAUUGGAUUUCUAAAAUGCUGUUGAGGGUCGGACUCGAUACAGAUGAAUCGAAAGUAUACGUUUCAUACCGCCAUAAUGACUCUGGUGGUGGUAACUGGAUGACGAAAGGCCGCAUGUCAAUCAGCGAUGAAGGUAAGCUGCGUGUGAUCCCGCCGAACAGGAACACAGGGUUUUGCGACCUCAUGAGUAUAUACUCCGUUAGGAAGAGGCUUUUCGAUAUGUUCCAGCCCCCAGGAGUUGAACUGACCUUCGACUUGGCGCACCAGACUACGAACAGCAACCUUAGAAGCCUAGCUGGGCUGAAUCGUUGGUUACGUCACGAAGCCAUCUCAGAAAUUUGCGAUGUCAAUUCAACCUUCAACUCAGCAACUUCGACGCCGAAAUACAACUUUGCGACCGAGCUGGAGAGAUUCACAGCCAUCCGACUACGGGGUCGCCCGCGCUACUUUCAUCUGUAUUUCGACCUACCGAAGCACUCUACUCUUGGAGAUGUUCGGUUCGAUGCACUGCUACUUUUAUCUGCGAUGGAUUCGGUCAACCGCAAAGUCCAUCUAGAGAUCGAGGUACGCCAUCCGCUCGAUUCUGAGACACCAAACCACUGCUUCACGUUGUCCCUAGACCAACUAAGAGCUGGCGUUCUUCUCUUCAUAUACGAUUUUCUGAAGACCUAUCCCAACCGUGCCGAUCUUCCGUGCCCUACUAUCUGGACAAAUGGAUAUGGUCAAGCGAAAGAAGCGUCAUGGCAAAAUGAGCUCGGGUUGGACACUCUGGUUAAUUCAUACCUGGACAACAGUUAUAAGGUGACUGGGUGGAUUGAUUACAAACUCAUGAAUGACUGGAAUUGGCUGGUCAACAGUCAUCUCGGUCCUUGCGUUAAGGGCUCGUUGUUGGAGUUCCUUAGGAAGUCACAUAGGUGGGGAUAUAGGUAUGAUCUGACGAUAUUAUCGGGAUAA